GUUGUUGGAACCUGCAGUCACAGUCUGGCUGGGUGAAAGCCUGCAGUCAGAGUUUAGCAGGAAAUACCCAGCAGUCAGAGGCUGCAAGGGAAACCUGCAGUAGGAGCUGCUGCAGCCAGAGUCAGUGAAUGGUUGGAGUCAGGAUGGCUGAGGUGUAAAGAGGAAUAAACAGGACCCUUUUCAUGCUGUGAUAAAGGAGAAGUCUGAGCCUUGGCUCAUUUCUACUCCCUAACAAGAGCGCUGCUGCAGCAGGAAAUUUGGCUGUCUGGAUGGCAUCAGACUCUAGAAGAGGAAAUUACCCUCCUGAUGAACAGAAAAAAGAACCAGGAGUAUUUUGAGAAGCCCUGAAUGCAAAUAAUUUUCUGAAAUCUGAGAUCAGAAGGGAGCAUGGAAGCAGGAAAACCAUGCAGAGGAAGUUAAGUACUGAGCAUGACUGUAAAGACACAAUUUAAUUUCAAAUACCAGAGGUGUUACCAGGCUACUGUGCAAAUCUGACUGGUUCAGCUGGCACCUAGGUUAAAUCCCUUCUUGUGGCAUGCUCUGUCACUGCUUCACACCUUAACUGAGAUGCUUCUGUCCAUCUCUGUUGAUGGAGAUGUGCCACUGCUGCUAAAGAAGCCCUGACCACCGCUGAGCUCACUGACUGAAGCCUGACCUUGCUGCAUUCAUGAUGUGCACAGUGCCCCAACCAAGCUGAAAAUUGACUGGCAGCUAUCAGCAAAUUGAAGACAUGGAAACUUUCAGAAGCAUUUGCCUUCUAAACUGCUGCUGCCUGCAGUCGUCUUUAUAUCAGAUUUUUAUUUGCUUCCUGCAUUUUGUUGGAAGCUUUUGACUGAGAAUACAGGAAAAAAUAUUUGAAUUGCUUUUGGAUUUCUUAUAGAGGCUUUAUCUUAUUUUUGAAAUCUGUGAGCUGGAGGUGUAUUUCAUUCCUUCUCGUUUUUCCUUUUGCUGCUAAAUAUGUUUGUACCCUGCACAAAGUGGAAUGCAAAAUAACUGAGUAGUUUGUGAGACUCCGACUACAAAAUAACACACUCCCCCCCAACAUUCUCAGUAGCUCCAUUUUUAACUAAAGAUUUGACCUGUAGUGAAGUUAACAAAGUAUUUUGAUAUUCUCCCAGUUCUAUGCUUGCAUUAAAAUUUUAAAAAUCUGCCCCAAUCUGCUGAGAUUUUUUGUUAAUUCAUGAUGAUUUGUUUCAAUGACAUCUUAAUUUUUAAAUGCUUGUAGAUUUUUUUUCCCCCCCAAUACUAGUUCUUAACACUACAUUAGGAGCUAAAAUCCCAAGUCAAAACUUCUCAAUGCUAGAUUAUCUACAUGAAACAAAUACUUUUAUGUAUUUUGCCAUCCUUUGACAUUUGAAACCAGACUACUGCCUUCCUACAAGGGCUGCUUUCUGGAGCUCACAAACAGCUUGGCAUUAUACACAGAAGACUCAGAUCAGUUUUCUAAACAACAUUUUUCGUGCCAUGCCACCCACGUUAUAAGAGUUUGGGGCUUUCCUCGCCUCUUCAGUCUUGCUGUACUUCCUCUUUUAUUCCUCUGUCUCCAGUCAGCAUGGCAAUGUGCGGCUGGAGGCUUGACUUGUGACUCUGGAUUGUUUUUUAUUUUUUUAUUUUUAAUGCAAUAAGCUGAUAGACAAAUGCCUGGAAACAUUGUCAAGGGACGAGCUAAUGGCAAGCUGUCCUCUGUGGACAGCGGACAGCCAGCCCGGCGGGGAAAAGUUGUGCUGAAGAAGAAAGUGACGCUUUUGAGGGGGAUAUCCAUCAUAAUUGGCACUAUCAUUGGAGCUGGCAUCUUCAUCUCUCCCAAAGGCAUCCUGAAGAACACAGGCAGCGUGGGCAUGUCCUUGACUGUCUGGACAGUGUGUGGUAUCCUCUCGCUUUUUGGUGCCCUCUGCUAUGCUGAACUAGGAACGUGCAUUAAAAAAUCUGGUGGUCACUACACCUAUAUCCUGGAGGCCUUUGGCCCGUUACCUGCAUUUGUGAGGGUCUGGGUUGAACUACUCAUCAUUCGCCCUGCUGCCACCGCAGUGAUAUCAUUGGCAUUUGGACGCUACAUCUUGGAACCUUUCUUUAUGCAGUGUGAAAUCCCAGAACUUGCGAUUAAACUUAUUACAGCUGUCGGCAUCACGCUGGUGAUGGUCCUGAACAGCACAAGUGUCAGCUGGAGUGCCCGCAUUCAGAUGUUCCUUACCUUUUGUAAGCUUGUAGCAAUUCUGAUAAUUAUAGUCCCUGGAGUGAUCCAGCUAAUUAAAGGAGAAACACAGCACUUUAAAAAUGCCUUUGCAGGGAAUGAUGCCAGUAUUAUGGGAUUACCACUUGCUUUCUAUUCAGGAAUGUAUGCCUAUUCAGGCUGGUUUUACCUCAAUUUUGUUACGGAAGAAGUGGAAAACCCUGAAAAAAACAUACCCCUCGCAAUAUGCAUUUCAAUGAUUAUCGUCACAGUUGGCUAUGUGUUAACAAACGUGGCUUAUUUCACUACAAUCAGUGCUGGGGAAUUGCUGCUUUCAAAAGCUGUAGCAGUGACCUUUGCCGAACGACUAAUGGGAAACUUUUCUUUAGCCGUACCAGUGUUUGUUGCUCUCUCCUGCUUUGGAUCCAUGAACGGCGGCGUUUUUGCGGUCUCCAGGAUGUUCUUCGUUGCAUCCCGUGAGGGUCACCUUCCAGAAAUUCUCUCCAUGAUUCAUGUCCGCAAGCACACUCCUCUGCCAGCUGUCAUUGUUUUGCAUCCUCUCACAAUGAUAAUGUUAUUCAACGGGGAUCUCUACAGCCUCUUGAAUUUCCUCAGCUUUGCCAGGUGGCUUUUUAUUGGACUAGUAGUUGCUGGGUUGAUUUAUCUCAGAUAUAAACGUCCUGAUAUGCCUCGUCCUUUCAAGGUUCCUCUAUUUAUCCCAGCGUUGUUUUCCUUCACUUGCCUCUUCAUGGUUGCGCUGUCACUUUACUCUGACCCAGUGAACACAGGGAUUGGAUUUGCAAUCACCCUGACUGGCAUUCCUGCCUACUACCUCUUCAUUGUGUGGGACAAUAAGCCCAAGUGGUUCAGAAAGCUUCUAGGCAGAAUAACCACAACAUUGCAAAUCCUCUUGGAAGUCAUCCCAGCAGAGGAAGACCAGAAAUCGUGAUCAUCAUCAGCUUUUGGCUUGGUGUUUCAUUUCUACCUGAAAGAAAAGGAGUAGGGAGGCUUUUCCCCCUUCCUAACAUGCUGCAAACUGGAGGAGCAAGUCACGGUCGUGAUGGAAACCGAACAAGUCACUUACCAGAAUUGUCUUUUAUGAUGCUGUUGCGAAAUUAUUAUAUAUUUUUUUUUUUAACGUGGUUGUUCUAUAUGUAGAAAGCAAGCACUUGUGCUACGAGAAAGAAACUUUACUGUUUCUUUUGGCGCAGUGCCUUAUUUUGACAAACUGUAAGUUCAUCAAGCAGCGAUUUUGUUUGCCUUGACACUGAAGAUAGGUUUGAGUGAUGUGUAAUGGCUGGGUGUACUGUGAAGAAUGUAUCUUGCUUUCUGUCCCUGGAGAUCUCAACUCUCACCAGAGCAAGGGUGAGAUAAAGCUGCUGAGUUUCACAUAGUACAUUCAUCCCAUCACUCUGUUUGGCAGCCUGAUUUGACUUCUUUUGACUCUCUGGAAGCCCCGGCACGCUGGUGCGGAAGCACCACUCCCCAGACCUUUGUGAUGGCAAACUCAAGGUUUUUUCAUUCCAGAGUUCUUAUACCAUAGCCAACAGAAGCAUAUUUUGAGACUUAAUAUUUCUUCUGCCAGUGGGGCAGAAAGAUCUUAGCACGGGAAUUUUAGCAGUAAUUUUAUGCAUGUUAUAUUUUUUACCGGGCUGGAAUUGAUCACUGGUUUUACCAGUGUUCGUGCACCUAUGCACGCAAAAUCCAGCAAGCUGAGCAGUGACCUUCAAAUGAGUCAAAAUAUUUGAAUGUCACCUCCACUGCUAUAUGAAUAUUUCCUAUCUGGAAGCAUAUGGUCCUGCAGUUAUCAGUCAGGCAAGCCUGGUUUUAAAUUUUUAUAUCAGUGUUGGUGGGCAGAAAUAGAUGUCAGUUGGUGGGAACAUGGUAAAGACGUGAUAAUAAAUGCAAUAUUUUUUAAUGAAUGAGGUAUAAGGCAGGCUACAGCAGAUUUGCUGUUUUGAGUAGGAUGUGUGCCUGGCUUUUCACUCGAGCACACUCCAAUUAACAGGGCUUUGGAACACUAAGGAAC